CUUCAUAACAAAAGUUACAUCCAUGUACUAAUAUUCAAGUUUUACUGCGUGAGAUGCGAAGAUAUUAAAAGUAGAAAUUGAGGAACGAGAAUGACUUUUGACCUUACCUUACCUACAUAAUAGCCCUAGAAAGUUGACCAUUCUCACGCCACCAAUGCUUGCCUUAUAUUCUGCAUGCACAUGAUAACAAUAACACACUUUCUUCUCCAUCGCCCUCCGCCAUGGAUUCCGGUCCUACCGAAGUAGCCUUCGAUUUCUCACCCUUUCUCAAAAUCUUCAAAGACGGUACCGUCCAGAGACUUGCCGGCUGCGACGUUGUUCCGCCGUGUUUGGAUACCGAAACAAACGUGGAAUCCAAAGACGUGGUAAUCUCGAAAGACGACGACGUAUCAGCCAGGAUAUUUAUUCCCAAACUCAGCAAUGAAACCCAAAAGCUUCCUCUCCUAGUCUACUUCCAUGGUGGGGGGUUCUGCAUAGAAACACCAUACUCUCCUCCUUACCAUAAAUUCCUCAACUCAGUUGUUUCCAAGGCCCACAUCGUUGCCGUAUCUGUUCACUACCGAAGAGCCCCUGAACACCCCGUUCCCAUUGCCUAUGAAGAUUCAUGGACCUCGCUCAAAUGGGUGGCGUCCCAUUCCGACGGAAACGGCCCUGAGGAGUGCCUCAAUCGCCAUGUUGAUUUCGGGAAGAUUUUCUACGGUGGGGACAGUGCGGGAGCAAACAUCGCACACAACAUGUGUGUUCGGGCGGGGAUCCACGGGCUUCCGGGUCUCAACGUUGAGGCAAUUGUUUUGGUGCAUCCCUACUUUUGGGGCGUGGAGCGAAUCGGAAGUGAGAGCCAAAAGCCUGAACAUCUUGCAGCGGUGGAUAAUUUGUGGCGUUUUGUUUGUCCCAUCUCGGCAGGAUCCGACGACCCGUUGAUCAACCCGGCCACGGAUCCGAAUCUGGCGAAACUAGCUUGCAAGAGAGUGAUGAUCUUUGUUGCUGAGAAUGAUUUGAUGAAGGAUCGGGGUUGGUAUUACAAGGAGUCGGUAGAGAAGUGUGGGUGGCAGGGUGUUGCAGAGGUGAUGGAGGCAAAAGGAGAAAACCACGUGUUUCACCUCUUCAAUCCACAUUCUGACAACGCUGUCUCCCUGCUCAAUCGAUUUGUUUCCUUCAUCAAGCAUAGUAGUUAAUAAUUAACUAUGUCUGCAAAACUUAGGAAUUAGCACACAAAUUUUCAUGGUUACUUGCAACAUGUUUGUACAAAAUAAGAAAGCCAAAAAAAUAAAAUUGAGGGUUUGAAAAGCAAUUUAUAUCAGUCAGCUACUUGUUGUG